GGGAGUUUGAGUUGAGCUUCACUGAUUUAGGACUCUCGAGAGUUGGGACAAACACGAAGAACUCUUCCUUGUCAUUGUGCUGUGUUUUAAAAAUUCUGUAUAAUUUUUCUUUUUCUUCCCCCAUGUUAAUCUCACUAUAUCAUCAUUAGAUUUUCGACGUAGUUAAAACGCUGUAUUCAUGGAAGCGUUUGUUUUUUCUCAGAUCUAUGGAUUUCAUUUGUUUUUCAACGUUUUUUCAUCGCUGUAAUCACUUUGAAGAUGAUCACUGCAGGGAUAUUUUCUCUUUCAAAAACCACCCUUUUUUUCUCGAGAAAAUUCGAGUUAUUUCUCUCUUUUAUCUUUAGAUCUUAAUAAUCUCAAAGUACAGAGAGAAUAUAAAACAAUCCCAUUUGUUUUUUUUUUUUAUAAUUUUUUUACCAUCAUUUUCUAAUCUCUGUACUCGGUACUUUUAGAUCUUUAGAUCUGAUCUCAUUAUUGAAAAUUUUAGGUAGCUUAGGAAGAUUCCCUCUGAAUUAGAUCUGGGUUUUAAUUAGCAAGGCUUUGUCAUCUCUUUUUCUUUAAUUUCUGGAUAAAUUUGUUAUUUUCCUGAGAAAUUUUUUUUUCUGGGAUAAGAAAGUUGGGGAGUUAGGGAUUGAAUGCCGAGAAAAAGAUGAAUUAUUUUCCAGACGAGGUAAUAGGACACGUGUUCGAUUUUAUAACAUCACAUAAGGACCGAAACGCGGUGUCGUUAGUGUGCAAAUCAUGGUACAAAAUCGAAAGAUUGAGCAGGCAAAGAGUUUUCAUUGGCAACUGUUAUGCUAUCAGUCCGGAGAGAGUAAUCGACAGGUUUCCGGAGCUCAAGUCCUUAACGUUGAAGGGCAAGCCGCAUUUUGCGGACUUCAACUUGGUCCCGCAUGAUUGGGGCGGGAUUCUUUACCCUUGGAUCGAAGCUUUUGCCAAGAGUAGGGUUGGCUUGGAGGAGUUGAGGUUGAAGAGGAUGGUAGUUUCGGAUGAGAGUCUCGAGUUGCUCUCGAAGUCGUUCGUGAAUUUCAAAGCCUUGGUUCUUGUUAGCUGUGAAGGGUUCACAACUGAUGGGCUCGCUGCUGUAGCUGCGAAUUGUAGGUUUCUUAGGGAGCUGGACUUGCAAGAAAAUGAAGUAGAGGAUCAUAGAGGCCAUUGGAUUAGCUGCUUUCCCGAAAGUUGCACUUCUCUUGUCUCCCUGAACUUUGCAUGCCUCAAAGGAGAUAUAAAUUUGAAAGCCCUCGAAAGACUUGUAGCGAGGUCUCCUAAUCUCAAAAGUUUGAGAUUAAACCGGGCAGUGCCUCUUGAUGCACUGCAAAAGAUACUGAGGCGAGCUCCUCAGCUAGUGGACUUGGGUACUGGGUCCUUUGUACAUGAUCCAGCAUCCGACGCCUUCAACAAAUUAAAGGCUACCAUUCUGAAUUGCAAGUCAAUAAGGAGUUUGUCGGGUUUUUUGGAGGUUUCUCCUCGUUGUCUGUCAGCUAUUCACCCAAUUUGUCAGAACCUAACCUCCUUGAAUCUAAGCUAUGCCCCAGGCAUUCAUGGAAAUGAUCUGAUAAAGUUUAUUCAACACUGCAGGAAACUUGAGCGAUUAUGGAUACUGGAUUGUAUUGGAGAUAAAGGAUUGGGGGUGGUAGCUUCCAAUUGUAAAGAAUUGCAAGAAUUGAGGGUUUUCCCAUCUGAUCCCUCUGGGAUAGGCAAUGCUUCUGUAACAGAGGAAGGUCUUGUUGCCAUAUCUGCUGGUUGCCCAAAGCUUCAUUCAUUGUUGUACUUCUGUCAGCAGAUGACUAAUGCUGCUCUCAUAACUGUGGCAAAAAAUUGCUCUAAUUUUACCCGCUUCAGAUUGUGCAUCCUUGAACCUACAAAACCUGACCCUGUCACCAUGCAGCCCUUGGAUGAAGGUUUUGGGGCAAUUGUUCAAUCUUGCAAGCGUCUAAGGCGUUUAUCACUCUCUGGCCUGUUAACCGAUCAGGUUUUCCUUUAUAUUGGAAUGUAUGCUGAGCAGCUGGAAAUGCUUUCUAUUGCAUUUGCUGGGAACAGUGACAAGGGAAUGCUCUAUGUAUUGAAUGGGUGUAAGAAGCUUUGCAAGCUAGAAAUCAUGGACUGUCCCUUUGGUGACACUGCACUUCUAAUGGACGUGGGAAAGUAUGAAACAAUGCGAUCCCUUUGGAUGUCGUCCUGUGAAGUUACCCUUGGAGGCUGCAAGGCACUUGCGAAGGAUAUGCCAAUGGUCAACGUUGAGAUCAUAGAAGAAGAUGAUCUGAUUGAUUUUAGCUCUGAUGAUAAACAAAAAGUAGGGAAGAUGUACUUGUAUCGUACAUUGGUUGGGCCGAGGAAAGAUGCACCAGAGUUUGUGCGGACUCUAUAAGUUCAACCUCAGUGCAUGUGUGUAGGUCUGGCCAAUUGUUUCCCUUCUCCAGUAAUUGUACUUUUCUUAGGCCAGCUGAUUAUUAUGGAUUUCUAGGCUUUUGGUGAUUUAGCCGUAUGCACUUUUUUGUUUAAUUCAUGAGAGAUUUGCUACUAGUAAUCGUUUUUACUUUAAUACAUCUGUGUUAAUAUUGGCAAAAUCA